AUGGCUACUGGCUCUAUCGCUGAGCUCAUGACGGACGAUGAGUAUAAGCGGAAAGUCGAGCACUCAGCUGAACCCGUUGUUGUCACUUUCCUUUCCCCGUUGGACGAUAAAUGCAAGGCUGUCGCCUCAAAGAUUGAGGAGCUGAGCGGCGAGUUCACAACCAUCAAAUUCUACCAAGUCGACGUCAGAAAGCACGCCAUGCUAUCCAGAGCCCUUUCCAACACAGAAUUGCCCAUCGUCGUCUUUGUCGAAAACGGCAAAGAUGUAUUGACCCUAACCUCAGAUGUUUCCCGUUCACGUAUUCGGGAAGGUCUCCAAAUACUCCAGACGGUAUCUUGUUAA